ACCAAUAACAGGGGGGUGCGUUUACAGGGGCACGAUCAAUGGUGAGAGGCGACACUUUCGUUACACGAGACGCAGAACAAGGGUCUACAAAUCUACUGCAUUAUUUGCUCGACAUCACUGUCUACUCUGGCGAAUGCUUUCCACGACUGUCGAGUUUUGCUAGUAUUGGAAUGCCGGAUACUCAACGCCUGUAAAAGUACAGAGACCUGUUAGACAUUAGGAGACAUUUAUUGUCGGAUUGCGAAGCUCCUAUUAAAAUCACUAGCAAUUACCAGGAAUACAGGAAUUUCAGCCACGUUGGUGUUUAAAAAACUCUUGAACUUUGCACUUCGCUCAGUUGUAAAACAGCAAUAUCAAUCUGUGUUGUGACGACAAGACAACUGGUGUUAUUUAGACGAGAAAUUAUUGAAUCGACCAUCGAGAGAAUAAUUCAUCAUGGGUUGCGGUGGCUCCAAGAACGCCGUAGUCCCCUCAGUGGGUUCCUCCCAGGCCUGGUCCGAGCGGGGCAGCAAGCCGUCCUCCGCCGGGUCCACCAAGACCAAGCCCGGCCGGCCAAACUCCACACUCGUCCGGGUGAAGUCUAGCGGCGGUACGCCGGUCACGGUGCUCAAGCCGGACCGGGCUGUGUCCCGCGAGUCCCUCCGUGGCACGGUCCGUGGGGUAUCGUCAGCAACAAGCAAGGCAUCAGCGCACACCUUCGACAGUGGACUAGAAGCUGACUACGGGAAUAUUAUCACUGAGGAGUCCGACCCAGCACUUGUGGAGCAGACAAUGGGAGGAAAUAGGCCACACACGCCAGAUUUGACGCUGCAAGGUACGCAAAUCGAUGUUCGCAAGCGAAGCGGUAAGGCGCGGGGCACGGACCAGGAUAUCAUCUCCCAGCUGAAGAAUGAGGGCCUACUGUCCCGUCCCGUGGCCGGCCAGAGCGGGCUGGCCUUCGACGUCAUGAUCGCCCCGGAGUUUGGGAUUCUCAAGAAGCCCCCGGCGCGCCUGGCUAAGCUCAAGAAGAAGAAGACCAAGAAGAGGGCGCUGACCAAGGAGGAGCUGGAGGCCAAGCUGAAAUCGGCCGAGGAGAGACGGAAGAGGAAAGAAGCCCAGAAACUCGAGAAACUCAACACAGCCGCCAAGGAGAAGCAGGUCCAUCAGUCUCUCGACGCAUCAGAGGAGGCCCAGAAGAAAGAAGUGGCCAUCAGGACCACCACCGACAUGGAGAAAAAGAAUGAGAACAAGGAGGCCCGCCUGCAAGCGUUCAGGGAGAAACAGGAAAAGAGGAAAGCCCACGCUGAGAAGGUUCGCCUGGCGCGGCUGGCCAGGCAGGCCGAGGGAGCACCGACGCAGGAUACGGACGCCUCGUCAGGCGUGCCCGAAGGCGAAGCCUCCGCGGUCUGAAAACACGGCAAACUUUUGACUGAUGUUUAUUUUUUUGAGGACAAAUACAACUGAAAUUCAGGGUUGUUGUGGAGAGUGUCUCGACCCGUCGAAUGUUACUCGUGCCUGAGGGGCAUAGUGCCAAAGAUUCCGCCGAUUAGUCAAGUUUUAUUGGCCGCGAGAUGUGCCAACGCGAAGGCGAUACAAACGGGUGUAGGAUCAUGACAUUUCGCCGUCUGACUAUAAAGUGUCUGACAUAAAUUAUUUUUACGCCAAUUUCUUUUUUAACUGUUUAAUUCUGACCGCUGAGGCGAUGUUAGCAUUGAAAGUGAAAACAAUAUUGUCAAAACGUUUGAUCUUGUUCACAGCUUCUGAGAAAUUGCAGCACAUUUUUAACGACAACAUUGGUUUUUGCGGGUGUAUAUUUUAAUUAACAGCUCAAAUAAUAUGCCGGGAAUGAAUACUGUGAACAUGAGAUAUAUGAAUUAUAAGGUUCGCAAAACUGUGACAGUAACGCACAAUGAAGAACGUUCGCAUCAUUGCUGGGUAGAAGGAUGGAUGAGCGCUUAUCAACAGCAAACAGCAACCCCAUGGAUCCAAUCGUAUUGUGUGCAUAGGGAGUAUGAGUGAGACUCUCCAUCAGAGGGAGUAAGUGUGAAAGAAACAUCGGGUGAAGUAGAGGAGCGAGUCGGAUACUAUGGAAAUAUGUCAAAUAGGGUGAUUACGAGGGUGAGGAAUAGAGGUGGUGAGUGAGAUGGGUUGUGGAAUGUUGAGUCCACCCAGGGGAAAAAGAAACGAUUGAGAGUGUGAGAUGAAUAUGAGAGUUUGAGACGAGAUUGUGUCAUUGAGAAAGUGACAAAUACAGUGAGAGACGGUGUGAGAGACAGAAUGAGAGAUGUGCUGACGCAAUAAAAGCUUAUUUUGUUUUCAAAUACAUGUAUAAAUUUGUAACCGAAGUGCCUUAUACAAGUAUUAAAGAAUUCCGUCCAUAUAUUUUAUUGACAAGAGUUGAUCUCUUAAAAGAAUUGUACGCUGCUCAGGCACCAGUUGCCUUUAAAAAGCAGAUUUUUUGGUGUGUUUUUGUGUUUAUUGUGGAAGCUUUUAGCUGCACCGUAUAUUUUUUUCUUCAACGUCACAUUGUUAUAUUUUAAUUAAUACAAGAAUAACACUAAACUUGACCAGGGUGCAGGAGUGAUCUGGCUGUGGGAAUUGUCUCUUGGCAAUUAUCGACAACAUGGGUUUCGACUUUUUAAACUAUGAAUGUAGUUUUAAACAUCCGACGAUUUUCAUUUAGGUAUUGUGCUCUUCAUGUGAAAUUCUUUUAACUGACCAGUGUGAUACAAAAAUUACUUUCACAUUAAAUUAAGUUGGUUUGUUUCUAUUUAACACGUGUGUUGUGGAAUACAUGUACAUGUAAACAUUAAAAUACGAAAAUGAAAUAGACAUGAAA